AUGAACUUUGAGGACUAUGAAACCCUUCCGACCCAAAACUCCGUCACACACAUGACUGCUGGAGCAAUAGCAGGAGUGAUGGAGCAUUGCAUAAUGUACCCACUCGACUCCGUAAAGACUCGGAUGCAGUCUUUACGGAAUGCCAACAACAGCUCCAUCUCCGAGACCUUCAGGCACAUGGUGAAGAAGGAGGGUCUACUAAGGCCCAUCCGCGGCAUGUCGGCGGUGGUGAUGGGCGCGGGCCCGGCGCACGCCUGCUUCUUCGCCACGUACGAGUACUGCAAGCACUCGCUGGCGCAGCUCACCCGGCACCGCCACGACCACAUCACUCACGGUCUGUCGGGCUGCAUCGCGUCGCUGGUGCACGACGCGGUCUCCAACCCCGCCGAGGUGGUGAAGCAGCGCAUGCAGAUGUUGCAGUCGCCGUACCGCGGCGUGUGGGAGUGCGCGCGCCACGUGUACCGCAGCGAGGGCGCGCGCGCCUUCUACCGCUCCUACGGCACGCAGGUCGCCAUGAACGUGCCCUUCCAGGCGCUGCACUUCGCCACGUACGAGGCCUGCCAGGCGCGCCUCAACCCCGCGCGCGCCUACGACCCGCUGGCGCACGCGCUGGCGGGCGCGGCCGGGGGCGCGCUGGCCGCCGCCGCCACGACGCCGCUGGACGUGUGCAAGACCGUGCUGAACACGCAGGAGCGCGCCGCGCGCGCCGACGGGCUGCUGGACGCGGCCGCCACCGUGCUGCGCGCGUCCGGCCCGCGCGGCUUCUUCAAGGGCGUGCAGGCGCGCGUGCUGUACCAGAUGCCGGCCGCCGCCAUCUGCUGGCUGACGUACGAGACCUUCAAGCACGUGCUGGGCGGCGCCGGCGAGGACGCGCCGCCCGCGCCCGCGGCGCCGCCGCUGGCCUGCGCGGCGCUGCGCCUGGCGGCCGCCGACGUGCCGGCGUCGUAG